AGCCUACUCGGAUUGGAGGUGGAUCCGCAUCUUGGCUCCGGUUUAGCUCGCAACACUCAAUGCAGAAGAUCCCACCUGUUUCGCUGGCAAUGGAUUUUAGCCCAUCAGCCUUUGACACAACACACCAGAAACCAAAACGCCAAUGUUAUGCUAAGUGAAUUUCGCCGGUGCUCUCUCAUGCCUCUAUGCUGUUGGAACUGCUUUAACCGGAGCGAGCGAGGGAAACAUAUCUCUGAAUGAUUUUCGUCGGAGUGCCGCAGUUUCUCUUCCAAACCGAGACAACAAUGUCACGACAACAGCAGACGUCGUUCAAAGCCUCGGACAGCGUGGUCGAGGUCAAAAGUAAAGUGAUUUGACGCAGAAUACCGCCGCUUUGCUUUCAAGAGGAACUGCCCAGGUGGCUUCCAAGAGUUCUACAGCCUCCUCCAAACUAUCCAUCGCAUCCCUGAAGUAGACAUGUUAUUAGGAUAUGCAGAUGACCAUGGAGACCUUCUUCCAAUCAACAAUGAAGACAACUUCCACAAAGCUGUCUCAUCAGCAAAUCCCUUACUUCGCAUUAUCAUAACCAAGAAAGAGGAUGAACCUGCGAUUUUCGCCACCAACUCACUCCAGAGGCGGAAAAAAGGCCUGGGUUUGACAGGUCUCCGUACGGCUGGUUCAUUGUCCGCCCACUCGAAGAGCAAAAUGGGUCUCAUGAUUGGUCGACCACAGAACUUCCGUCAAAUUUCAUCAAUUAUUGACGUGGAUAUCCUACCCGAGACACAUCGCCGAGUACGGCUCCACAAGCACGGUACCCAUAAACCUCUGGGCUUCUACAUUCGAGAUGGGGCCAGUAUGAGAGUGACGCCUUAUGGUGUAGAAAAGGUUCCAGGAGUGUUCAUAUCCCGCCUUGUGCGUGGUGGUCUUGCAGAGAGUACUGGGCUCUUGGGAGUUAACGAUGAGAUUCUUGAGGUCAAUGGUAUUGAUGUUACAGGAAAAUCUUUAGACCAGGUGACAGACAUGAUGGUGGCCAACAGCCACAAUCUUAUAGUGACAGUAAAACCAGCUAACCAGAGGAACAAUGUCAUGCAUCGAGGGAGUAAAACAACAGGAAAUUCUGGUUCUUUUGUCUCAAAUGGAUCUACAGGCUCCGCUCUGUCACAUGAUUCAACGAGUCCGGCCACUCACAGCACCCCCAUCACUGCAAGUAACAGUAUCGUAGAGGGUGACAGCGAUGAAGAAGAAGAUGAUGAUGGUGACCUCAUCCUGGAAAGUGACUGUCCGACAUUCUAUCAAUCCCACAACAUUACAAACCUCACCAGUGAAAGAUUGCACAGCAGCCCUGUGGUUAGAACCCUUCAACAGAGCGUCUCCAUGCCUGAAUACAUGGGAUCAAACCUGAGGUCUGGUCAAAACGGGCACUCAGGUCACAGCAUUCAACGAAGCAUGAGAGAGGGUGGCAAUAUAAUAACAAUGUGAACACAGCCAUGUCUUAACCUGACUAUGAAAUAGCAUAUGUAAAAAAACAUAUAUAUAUAUAUAUAUAUACAUACACACACACGCGUGCAUACACACAUACAUAUACAUAUAAAUACCGGUUGAUACGCUAAUAUCUCCUCUAAACUUUAAACUUAUAGCAUCAGCUGCAACAUUAAUUUUUUACCAUGACCGAGGUUGCAUCAUAAACUUCUAUGAUAUGUAGGCGAUCACUCUAUAUCAGGGGUCGGGAGGUUUUUGGGCGGACAAAGCCAUACAUGCCCAUUUUUAUAAAUAAUUUCCUGUGAGAGCCAUACCAUUUAAAAUAAAAUCGAUAGGCUAGAUACAAUUAUAAAUGCAUGUCUUUUAAUUAAGACCAAUGAUUUUUUGAGCGUAUUAAUGUAUUCUUUUUAAUAACCUAAAAUGCAUAAACUGUGGACCACCUCUAUUAACCGGGCAUUGUGACCAAGCAAAUAGCAAAUUUCUGCAAAUAAAUGACACUUUACUAAAAUAGAUAUGGUUGCCUAGAUUAAUACUUGAAACCACAAAUUCCCCAACUUUGAUUCCAAAACUUUAAGAGCAUUUCAAAUACUGUACCAUCUAGAAUUUAUUGACAGCUAAAUAAAAGCUGCACAAUGUGCAGUGCAUGUACGUGCACGUUAAAAAUGAUGAUUAAUUACUAUAAUUGUGCAGGCCGGUGUAAAACUUUUGACUGCACAUCAAAUUGUAGGAGUUACAACAAGGGUGCCGACUUUGUCCUGAGGCGGCCAACAGUGGUACGAAAGUCAACAUAGGAGUUAGCAUUCCCAUGUCUACUGACCAGAAACUGCUGGAUCCAUGCAGUCAUAGUCAUAUUCCACUGGUUUUGAUGUUAGUAUAGUUCAGUAGUUUGGCUUUUACACUUGAUUAUGGCAUCCAGUAACCAUUCAUCGUCUAAUUUAAGGAAACAUUCAAUAAAAUAAAUAUCCUACAUUCUGUAGACAGUAUUUUGUGAUUAAAAGAAAUCCGAGUUUUUAGCCAUGUCAGUGAAAAUUGCAAGUAGGUAACUUGUUUUGCAAAUGAUAGGUGAAUUCGCAAUUAUCCACCGUAUUAUAAAUGUAUUACCCUCGUUACGGUAUUGAAGGAAGGUAAGGGUUAUCUAAGAAAACAUGUUGGUAUACUACUGUACUGUGUCAUGUGAAGACAUUGCACAAGCACUGGAAGAAGCCUACUUGACAUCCAAUAAGUUGAUUGACUCUAUAGUCCUCAAAAUGAAAUGAUUUUUUAACAGGCUUCACUCACACAAGACGUGCAACUGCUGUACUUUAUUCUUGAACAGUGAAGUACACUGCUAGAAAAAUUGCUUCAAUUAUAUUUUUAAUGUCGUGUAAGUAACUGAUUUUUACAUUUCCCCCUUUACAAAUAAUAUUUUUGUUUAAGGUGGGAAAGCCACAUCCUUCUUUAAAUAUAUAAAACAGAGUACAUAAAUCUUCUUUUUAACCUGUUUGGUGAGUAGGGAGUGGGGACACUGAGGAAAUAAACCAGGACGUUUGUUCUGUAACUUUAUCCAAAGUGUUUUAUGAAUACUAUUUAUCAAAUUCAGACAAUGAAAGAUGUCACCUGGAUAUGUGCGUCCAAUGGUUCAGAUGAAAUUAAAAUUUGUUCUAAAUUAAUCUUA